GCUUCCUGAUCAAAAAUUAUCAUAACUGAUAGUGUUUAAAAAAAAAAAAGUCUGUAGCAGGGUAAUGUGGUAGGAGCCAAUAAUCCCAGUUACUCAGGAGGCUGAGGCAAGAGGACUGCUUGAGUCCAGGAAUUUGGGGUUGCUGUGAGCUGUGAUACGAGGGCACUCUACCAGAGCACAGAGUGAGAGAGACUCUGUCUCCAUUAAAAAAAAAAAAAAAAAGAAGCCUCUCUGCUCCAGCGGUUCAAGAUGCCGAAAGGGAAGAAGGCCAAGGGGAAGAAGGUGGCCCCGGCCCCCGCCGUGGUGAAGAAGCAGGAGGCCAAGAAGGUAGUGAAUCCUCUGUUCGAGAAAAGGCCAAAGAACUUCGGCAUUGGACAGGACAUCCAGCCCAAGAGGGACCUCACCCCGUUUGUCAAAUGGCCCCGCUACAUCCGGUCGCAGCGGCAAAGACCCAUCCUCUACAAGCGGCUGAAAGUGCCUCCCGCCAUUAAUCAGUUCACCCAGGCCUUGGACUGCCAAACAGCUACUCAGCUGCUUAAGCUGGCCCACAAGUACAGACCAGAGACAAAGCAAGAAAAGAAGCAGCGACUGUUGGCCCGGGCUGAGAAGAAAGCUGCGGGCAAAAGAGAUGUCCCCACUAAGAGACCACCUGUCCUUAGAGCAGGGGUUAACACUGUCACCACGUUGGUGGAGAACAAGAAGGCUCAGCUGGUGGUGACUGCACAUGAUGUGGAUCCCAUUGAGUUGGUUGUCUUCCUGCCUGCCCUAUGUCGGAAGAUGGGGGUCCCUCACUGCAUUAUCAAGGGGAAGGCCAGGCUGGGGCGUCUGGUCCAUAGGAAGACCUGCACCACUGUGGCCUUCACACAGGUUAACUCGGAAGACAAAGGAGCUCUAGCUAAGCUGGUGGAAGCCAUCAGGACCAAUUACAAUGACAGAUACGAUGAGAUCCGCCGUCACUGGGGAGGCAAUGUCCUGGGUCUGAAGUCAGUGGCUCGCACUGCCAAGCUGGAAAAGGCAAAGGCUAAAGAACUUGCCACUAAACUGGGCUAAACGUACACUGUUGAGUUUUCUGUACAUAAAAAUAAUAAAUA